AAAAAUGGAUUUGAACAGUUCUGCAUCAACUUUGUGAAUGAGAAGCUGCAGCAGAUUUUCAUCGAGCUGACGCUGAAGGCAGAGCAGAAUCCUCCGGGCGUCAUGUGCGUCCUGGACGACGUGUGCGCCACCAUGCACGCGGUGGGAGAAGGAGCCGAUCAGACCAUGUUACAGAAGCUCCGGGUCCAGAUCAACACGCACGAGCACUUCAACAGCUGGAACCAGGGAUUCAUCAUCCACCAUUACGCUGGGAAGGUUUCCUAUGAUGCUGAGGGUUUCUGUGAGAGGAACCGUGAUGUCCUCUUUACUGACCUCAUUGAGCUGAUGCAGAGCAGUGAAAUCGCUUUCAUCAGAGCACUGUUUCCUGAAAACCUCAACGCAGAGAAGAAAGGUCGACCCACGACUGCGGGCAGCAAAAUAAAGAAACAAGCCAACGACCUGGUGAGCACGCUGAUGAAAUGCACUCCUCACUACAUCCGCUGCAUCAAACCUAAUGAAACCAAGAAGCCCAGAGACUGGGAAGAGAGUCGAGUGAAACACCAGGUGGAAUAUCUGGGUCUGAAGGAGAACAUCAGGGUGAGGCGUGCUGGUUACGCCUACCGCAGAAUCUUCAAGAAGUUCCUCAACAGAUACGCCAUCCUCACUAAAGAGUCGUGGCCGACGUGGCGAGGAGACGAGAAACAAGGCGUUCUUCAUCUGCUGCGCUCCGUCAACAUGGACCAGGACCAGUUCCAGCUCGGUCGCACCAAGAUCUUCGUUAAAGCCCCGGAGUCGCUUUUUCUGUUGGAAGAAACGAGGGAGCGAAAGUUUGACGGCUACGCUCGGACCAUCCAGAAAGCCUGGAGGAAACAUGUGGCCCGAAAGAAGUACGUCCAGAUGAGAGAGGAAGCGUCCGAUCUGCUGCUGAAUCGUAAGGAGAGGAGGCGACACAGCCUGAACAGAAACUUUGUCGGAGAUUAUCUGGGCAUGGACGACCGGCCGGAGCUGCGUCAGUUCCUGGGCAAGAGAGAAAAGAUCGACUUUGCUGACAAAGUCACAAAAUAUGACCGACGGUUCAAGGCAAUAAAGAGAGACCUGAUCCUGACGCCAAAGUCCGUCUACCUUAUUGGACGAGAAAAGGUGAAACAGGGACCAGAGAAAGGACAGGUGACGGAAGUGCUGAAGAGGCAGAUCGACGUGGAGAAGAUCUUAGCGCUGUCGCUCAGCACCAUGCAGGACGACUUCAUGAUUCUGCACGAGCAGGAGUACGACAGCCUGCUGGAGUGCGUCUUUAAGACGGAGUUCAUCAGUUUACUUGCUCGCAGGUUCGAGGAGAAAACUCAGAGGAAGCUGCCGCUCAAGUUUAGUAACACACUGGAGAUGAAGCUGAAGAAGGAGAACUGGGGCUUCUUGAGUGGCGGCGGAUCACGGCAGGUCGUGUUUGUCCAGGGUCAGGGAGACCAGCCCGUGCUGAAGCCCACCAGCAAAUCACUGCAGGUCAGCGUCGGCCCGGGGCUUCCCAAGAACACGCGUCCCACCAGGAAGACGUUCACUCAGGGUCGUUCCAACGGGUCCAGAACCCACCAGAACAUCCCCUCCCGGGCUGCACCGGGGCCUCCAGUUUCUCAUCAGAAUGGAGGUCUGAAAAACAUCAACCACGCAGCAAACCAGAGAAACUCACAGCAUCACAGUCAGAGACAUCCGUCCUCCAGCAACCACACGCGGCCUUUCCUGCCCAGCAACAUCAACCAGCUGAAGGAGCGAGGAGGCAGCCGCCAGCAGCCCGACCUCGAGUGCCUCAAAGUGCCGGAUCAGGGAGCCGCGGGUAAUGGAGACAGACGACCAGCUUCAAACGGAGGAAUAGCUCACAGACCCUCAGCCAGCAGACCUGCACCCGGAGGAGGACGACCCAAACCCGCACCCAAACCCAAACCCCAGGUGCCUCAGUGCAAGGCUCUGUACGCCUACGACGCUCAGGACACGGACGAGCUGAGCUUCAACGCAGAGGACGUCAUCGACAUCAUCAAAGAAGAUUCAUCGGGAUGGUGGUCGGGACGACUGCGUGGAAAACAAGGACUUUUCCCCAACAAUUACGUCACCAAGAUCUAAGAGCUGCAGGUUUACAGCACGAGGAGCGAGAGAGCGAUGAAGAGAUGAAGAGAUGAAGAUAAAGAGAGAGCUGCAUCACUGACGAUGGGACCAAGUUCACCGUCAGAGACGUUUUCCUGAGACUCGGUCCACGUCUGCCGUGUGAUAAAUGAAUGUAACAACACCACAGGACCAAAAGACCGUCAGGCCUGGACUGAGACGAGAAGUAGGACUGUUUGACCCAGGGGCCGGUUUUCCUCCACAGUCCCACAGAGUAGUGAACAAAUCUAUUUAUUGUAUUUAUAGCCUCCUGUGUUCUCCUUCCUGUCGUUUCUAUCUCGCUGAGCUCAAACUUUUUUGAAGAGCGCUGGAAUGAAGUAUGAAGUUUGCUUAAUCUGUGGGACCAGGCUGUGAUUUAACACGUGACAGAACUGAAGAAACUGCCAUUUUACCAGCUCUAUUUAUUGCGGUGCCUAACUGUACUCCUCAGUCAAUCGCCACACUGUGAUUAUUUUGAAUGAUUUUAAGAACCAAAGAACCAAUAUAGAUGGAAACGGUCACGUGGUAAAGUGGUGAAUCACCUGUUUGUGUUGUUUAUUGCUUUUCUAUAUCACACACAGUAUACAGUACUUCAUACACAGAGUGUGCUGUGAGCUGAGCUGUCUGUGGUGUAUUAGCACUUUAUCGGUACAGGUACUAUACGUGGACACAGAACUCGUAUCAUGCCACAGCCGGGAAGUCGACUUAAUGAAGGACAAACUGCCAAGCCUGCAAUACUGAGGGGAGAGAAAUCUGUUGUUUACAUGAGACGAUUAAAAACAGGCAUUGAAGAUCUGAUUCUGUAUAUCUGUUCAUAUUUAGGAAUAUGCCUGUUGUUGGUUAGUUUUUAAAUUAAUUUUCUUUUUUUUUUUGUAUAUUCUCUGAAGGACUUUAGUAUUUUUUCUGCUUUUGAUUCUCACAGGGCUUUCACUGCAUUUCACUAAGAUAAUAAUAGUUUUCACAGGAAAGGGUGAAUGGAUUUUUGUUGUUGUUUUAGUGGAAACACUUCACAGAAUUUGUUUCACUGCUGUCGUCGCGUUACUUAAACAUUCCUUUGUUGUUUUUUUAAUCACCUCUAAAAAGCUGGAGUGAAAAGCUGGGACUUCUGUCAUCGACCGUCUGCGUCAUAAAUAUAGUUUGGAUCUUGGAUGGUUGAAAACCUCCUUGUGCAAUAGAAAACAGCAGAUAAGUCUUUUAAUAAAGCACGUAAUAUUGUACAUUGAACUGCUUAUUUGUUUUAUUAAAAACAUCAAAUAAACGACAA